AUGCCGCGGCUACGAUCGGGUCGUGACACCACUGACUCCCCCAACGCUGCUUCAGCAGCAACUAGCCCUGAGGCCGUAAAACCGAGCUCGGGAGGCCGCGUAUCCGCUUCGCGCGGCACCGACGAGGGCGACAUCGCUUGCCACGUCGCUCGGUUGCUUUCUUUCCCCCCUCCUCUUGCUUCGACCAAGGGCGAUGUGCAGGGAUGCACAUGCGGAGCGAACAGUAGCAGCUGUAGCUGCAGCAGCAGCAGCAGCUGUAUCGACUGGGCCGCUCUGCGUCUGGAGCAGCACAAGCGCCGCAAACAGUUAACUUUGCUUCGCUCCCCCGUCCGUGUGAUGCGUAAUUUCGCCCUCAGCGUCUGCGACUUCGUGUGCGCCGCAGUGCACUACUUGGCUGUGCACCAGAUGACUGUCUGGGUGUUUGUGGUCGCGGCGUGCCUCUUCGGGCUGAGCUACGUGGAAGGCCCUCACGUGGGUCCCCUGCAGGAGCUGUGGAUCGACUUGCGUCUUGCAGUCUGGUGGAUUGGUCUCGGUGUCUUGAGCUCCAUCGGACUCGGCAGCGGCAUGCACAGCGGCCUCCUGUUCCUCUUCCCGCAGAUCUACUUCAUCUGCUCGACUGCCGAGAAGUGCGGCAACCUCGACUUUGACCCGCGAUCCAACAUGUGGGAGAACGUCCUGAAGCCCGGCGAGUAUUUCGCGUGCGAGUCCAGUGCCGGAGCUUUCAAGGGCGAGGAUGUCACGUUUGUCGGUAUGGUGCUGAAGGCCUUUCCGUAUGCGCUGCUGUGGGGCUUCGGGACGGCGCUCGGCGAGUUGCCGCCCUACGCCGCGUCUUACGCCGCUGCGCGCAGCAAGUUGGCGGACGAGGAGUUUGCAGAGUUGGAGCAGGAGAUCCGCGCAGGCCGCCCCUCCAUGGUGACGCGCAUGAAGGUGUGGAUGCUUGAGCUCGUUCAGAACUACGGCGCGCUGUCGGUCUUUUUGCUUUCGUGCUGGCCUAACAUGCUGUUCGACCUCUGCGGCAUUGUGUGUGGACACUUCAUGAUGCCCUUUUGGGAGUUCUUCAUCUCGCUUUUUCUGGGCAAAGCCGUCGUGAAGACGCUAAUGCAGAUCGCCUUCUUCGUCUUUCUGUUCUCCUCGAAGUACGACAAGCUCCGAGCGCACUUCGUCGGAGAAGUCGCGCGGGUCUGGCCCGUCAGCUCCUUCGUGGAGAGGAAGUACGGCGGCGUCGCACAGUUUGAGCAAUUUGUCUUCAAGGAAAUCAACUUCUUGCGCGCAGGCAUUGAGCAGAAAGGCGCCGGCGUCGCAGGCGGCUGGUCUGUGUCGAGUAUUUUCGGCGGCGUCGUCGCGGCCUUCAUCUUCUUGUUCUGCCUCGCGUGCAUUGAGCAGUUCGCGCAGAUGCGCCAAAAGAAACAAGACGAGGAGCUGAACGUCCGAAUCGCCGAGAUGCUGGACGAACAGGACCACGCGCGCUCGCCUGCUGCUGACAAAAGACGCACGCGUGUAGCACACGAGAAGUCUACGUAA